AGAACAGCUGAGCUGAGGUGCUAAGCACUAGCAGCAAAUUCCUCUUGAAUUUCCAGCAGCCAUCGAAGAAGCAGAGAAACAAACAAAACAGAGCAAAACUGAAACACGCCAAACCAAAGAAACAAUGAUGGAUUGGAGGCGAAAAUCAAACUCCAAGAAGCACUCUCAGCCACAGCCACAGCCACAGCCACAGCCUCGCCUGCAGCGCCUCAACGCCAAGAAAGACUUCCAUUACCAACCACCCACCACUCAUUCUUCCACCCCUUCCUCUUCCUUCCACCAGUCCAGCUUCCGCCUCAUGGGCCUCGACGACGGUGAAUUCGACCGCAUCUUCCAAUCCUUGGGCCUCUCUGGGCCCGAAGACUUCUCCAUCCCCACCGCUGACUGGGAAGCCCGAAAGGCUCGCGUUGCUUCCUCCAACCCUAAAUUGGAAAAUCGCACCUCUGAUUCUCCAGGGGAACAGCACUCCAACCACCAGGUUCGGCUGGGAGGAGGUGGUGGUGGGAUCAAGGGUGUUAGGCCUCCCCUUCUCGCUCCACCCCCAGCUGUUGAUGGUUUGAUUAGUGCUUUUGCUCCUCUCGAUGAUGUCGGCGCUGUUUCUGUUGCUGUUGCUGUUUCUGUUGAUGUUGUUAAUUCUCCUUCGUCUUCGGGUGAACAUGAUAUUAGGGGUGUUGUUGGUAGAGUCAGGCAUGGGGAGAGGAGCGUGCUUUUUACUGAUUCUGGUUCAUUUACUACUUCCCAUGAUGAUGAUAGUGAUGUUGGUGGUGAUAGGCCUUGCUCUGUUUCUGGUUCUGGGGUCGUUGAUGAGUUGCUUCAUUAUGUUUCCUCCAAUGGGUGGUUUAGAAGGACUUUCUCCUCUUGGCAAAAGGGUGACAUUUUGGGAAAUGGGUCCUUUGGAACGGUUUAUGAAGGCUUCACCGAUGAUGGAUUCUUUUUUGCAGUAAAGGAGGUGUCUUUGCUGGAUGAAGGUAGCCAGGGAAAACAGAGUGUUUCCCAACUUCAGCAGGAAAUAUCUCUUUUGAGUCAGUUUGAACAUAAAAACAUAGUUCGAUAUUAUGGCUCAGACAAGGACAAAAGUAAACUUUAUAUCUUCCUUGAGCUUAUGUCAAAAGGGUCAUUGGCAAGUCUCUAUCAAAAGUAUCGUUUAAACGAUUCUCAAGUUUCUGCAUACACAAGGCAGAUUUUAAAUGGCUUGAAGUAUCUUCAUGAUCAUGAUGUGGUCCACAGGGAUAUCAAGUGUUCCAAUAUACUGGUUGACGUAAGUGGGUCAGUCAAGCUUGCAGAUUUUGGGUUGGCAAAGGCAACAAAAUUUAAUGAUGUUAAAUCAAGCAAGGGCUCCCCCUACUGGAUGGCCCCUGAGGUUGUUAACUUAAAGAACCAAGGUUAUGGGCUAGCAGCUGAUAUAUGGAGCUUAGGGUGUACAGUUUUGGAGAUGUUGCAAAGGCAGCCUCCUUACUCUGAUUUGGAAGGAAUGCAAGCGUUAUUUCGGAUUGGCAGGGGUGAACCUCCACCUAUUCCUGAAUCUUUAUCUAAUGAUGCCCGGGAUUUCAUUCUUAAAUGCUUACAAGUUAACUCAAACAAACGCCCAACUGCAGCUGAGCUACUGGAUCAUCCAUUUCUAAGGAGACCAUUGCUCUCUCCCUUAAGUUCUGAUUCUCCACAUAGUAAUAUCUUUCGGUUAUAAGAGCUCUCGAUCACCUCAUAUUGGCGCUGAGAAAUUCAAAUUCAUCCUGUAUUUUCUGAAGUUUGGGUUUAUGCUGGUGGAAUGUCCGGGACAUAGUUAAUGGGUAUGCAGAUAUCUACUGAAGUUGGACCUCGCAACUAUCAACUGGUUGAUUUAUCCCACCUGCUCUUAUUUAGGCCACCACGUUGAUCCCUCGGUGAAGACCGGUUCAUUGAAAGGGGAGAAUGUUUUAUCAAGAGUUCCACUAACAUAAGCUUUCACCUUUUAUGCUGAGUGAGAGAAGCAAUGCCUCUUUAUCUCACAGUGUGAAUAUUCUUAUGGCUGGAGGGACGGAGAAUUCAGGAGAUGGAUCUUUUCAUUUCUAAAUCAUUGAUCUUUACUCCGAGACAGAUGCUCCCACCUGGAGAUUGCUAUGUCUAAUUACAGCUGUUGGACAUUUGGGAUUGAGUUGUGGGGUCUUCUGGUAACUUUGCUUCUACUCAAUCUUAUGUGGAGCUUAUAUUCAUGCCAUUGUUCUUCCUUAAAAGUUCUACUGACACGAGAAUGGCCUGCUGGUUCGUGAAACUUGUUCUUAGGUAUGACCACUCAACAUGUAAAUAGUUACUCAAGAAAGGGGCGGCUGCAACAAUUAAAGUUAGUCACGAGAAUGAUGUUGUAUAUAUAUUUUUUGUACAAUCUCUCAUGCCAUUACAUCAACAAUCUCUCAAGACCAGCUAUAACUAAAAACAUUGAAAUCAAAUAUGCAUUUUGUAUUUUCACCGAGACUUAUUUGCUGUAGGAGGUAAAGUCACAGUAUGUGGCACGUGAUAAGGUACUGUUUGCUGGGUGGUCCUCCUAAGAACCAUGGUAGCUACAAAUUCAUAAUAACUUUUGGUUGCGCUAACUUGUUCAUCGUUGGUAGGAAAAGACCAAAACAAGCUAAUGCGACUCCUUAACAACAUACUUGUGCUUGAAUUGUCAAACAAGUAGUUCAGUUCAAAAUUACAAUGUAUGACGAAGCAUCAAGUCCAUAAUGCAUUUUGAAAUUGAUUCAAUAAUCAAGCAGCAAAAUAUGGUCACGACGUGAUGACGACAAUGCUGGAGUUCCAUGGACCAAGAGGAGCCCUUUUCUUGUACGGAAUUGAUUAACUGAUUGAUUGUUGUAUCAAAUUUUCUUUUUAAAGUUACUAAAUUUAAGCGUCAAAAGCUGUAUUUUUUGUUCUUAUUAUUAUCGGUAUAUAAAAGGUUGAAUUU